AUGGACGUGGCAACUUCCAAGCGACCGGCGCCUUCUGCCCUCGAUGACCAUGGCCCUCCUGCGAAGAGGCUCAAGGCCCUGCCCGAAGAGCCUGCGCAAUACAGCGAUGCCGUCCGCAAAAAGCUGGCGUCGACGUCGCGGACAGGACAGGCCUGCGACCGAUGUAAAGAGAGGAAGAUGAAAUGUGACACAGACCCAGUGGCAUGUCAGCCUUGUCGUCAGAAGGGUUUGCGGUGCUACACCACCGACCGUGUGACAGGGCAAGCACGAGAAAGAGGAGAGUCGCAUCGCGCCGAGAAUGAGCUGCUGUUUUUGAGGGAGCAAUUGGCCGGCUACCAGCGCAGAUAUGGCUCUUUGCAGCGAUCAGACUCUUCCGGGAAUAUACCUACAGCGACUCCCAGGAGUUCAAUCUCUCAGUCCACAACGUAUUCUGUGUCUCCUACGUCAUCAAGACCUGACGCGAAAUACGUCGGCUGGCCUUCACCGGGCCACUGCGACCCUCUAUGUUGUGGCCCGGUCAACGGUACUUUGGUGGAUAUCAUGGAUGGCGUCGUUGAUAUUGCAGACUGGGAAUGUGAAAUGAUGGAAGACUAUCCCACUGAGCUGAUGGGUAAAUUCAACCUCUCGAGGACGUCGAUUGUCAAUACGAUUUGUGGAUAUCAACGUGUGGAAGACCCCAAGUUACCACCGAAGGAAGAAGCUCUACGAGAUGCCAAUCAUUUUCUGGUCAUCAUGUCGCAAUACGUUCCGAUUGUCCACAGGCCCAGCUUUAUGGACCUCGUUAACAGAUUCUAUGAUCAGGCGAACACGUUAACAGUUGCUGAGCGGGUCCAGGUGUUGAUUGUUUUCAGCAUAAUCGCCCAUCAAACGGCGGUGAGAAAUCAUCUCCAUUCUGCCGAGAAGUUCGAGGAUUCCCACCGUUACCUCCACUACGCUUUGGGCUACUACCGCGAACUCCUUCAUGACCGGUCGCUUGCGUCUAUGCAGGCAAUGGCGCUGAUCAUUGUCCACUUUCGAAAUCUGCCCAAACCUGGUGUAUCUUGGACCUAUUGCCAUCAGGUCCUGGUACGAGCUAUCGAGUUGGAGUACCACCGCGACCCGGAUAAGAUUCAACUUCCGGAAGGCGAGAACGAUCCACUAUCAAAGGAACUUCGGAUUAGAGUCUUUCACUCAAUACUGGGUAUCUGUGUGACGACGGGUUGCCGUGUUGGCUUACCAGCACCGUGGCAAUUCCAGCAUAUUGACGUCCCCUUACCAAGGGCCAUCAAGGACUCCGAGAUAUCCAAGGACGGGUUUGCUGCGGAGUUGUCAGGCCAAUGCGAGUUCUGGCCUUGUCUACAUCUGGCAAAAUUGCUGCCCCUCCUCACCGAAUUAUACAACAACAUCAUAGCCGUGAGGAAGCCCGCAGUGGAAUAUCUCCAAUGUGUGGAGGCGCUCAACACGAAAAUAAACGCCUGGCGACAAGACUGGGACGAGUCGACUAAAAACGAGCCAAAACAUGUCAAUCUAAGUGUCGCAACCCUUCUCUUCGAGACUUGGGCUGCUGAGUAUCAGCUAAAUUUACACCAUCCAGUGUGUUGUACGAGUGAUGAUCCUGAGGUGAUUGAACGACAUCUGGACAUCUGCCAUAAAUCCGCCAAACGUCUCUUGCAAAGUUUCCACCGACUGUCGAGCAGAUAUAAAGGCGUCGAUUUCACAUGGCAUUCCACAUUGGCAUACGCAACUGGAUUCGGCAUCACCCUGUAUGUGUACAAGAGGAAAAAAGGGCCAGUCACCGUUGAGCAAUUCGAGGCAAUGCGGAAUGAACUAAAAGGUUGGACAUCGUUGAUGGCGUAUGCAGACCUUGUGCUGAGGACCGGCAACCACCUGCAGAGACAAUUCCAGCCUCGUGUGCAAGCUCUCGAGGAUGAAUGUCGAAGACUGUUGAUUGAGCAGCCCGUGAAGAGCAAUAGCGCCCAAAGCCCAUUGAGCCCAGCCAACCUUCCCAACGCUGGAGGCUCAAUGAAUGUUGAACAGUCAAAUACGCUUCUGUUCCGAGAGCACUCCAGCCCGAACACAACGAUGCACCGAAACAGCCUUCCGCAACCAAUGUACAUGCCUUCCCAAGGGAUAGCUCAAAGCCACCCAACUUCUCCAUUGACCCAUCAACAGUCUCAACGGCAAUGGUCUGGCACAUUUUCUUUUCUUUCCCAACCUUUACCACCGGGACAUGGCCACGAACAGGUGUCAGGUGUCACAUCACCUAUAUUUACAGCUUUUGCUCAGUCCCCGAUUAGUGGACUUUCUACGUCAGCGUCCAUGCCGGCCAUUCCCACAUCCUUGGCUUCCCUGCUUAAUGACUCGGGAAAUCUUUACAUGAGUUAUCCCACGCCACCGCAGAAUCACAACAGCCUUGGAGGAGGAGGGCUUAGCAGGGGUGCCGAUCCACAGAUGGCCUUUUCACCAAAUCAUUACUUUGACGGUCCAGGGCCGAUGGGCUGGCCGCUGAUUAGUAUGCCACCAGGCCACCAGUCAUGA